AAACAUUCUACAUGAAAACUGCAUAGUUUUAACUUCUUCAACCUGAUUUUUGGCGUUGUUUUAUUAAUUUUGUACACCAAACGUUUUCAAAAAUGCCACCGGCAGGUAAAAAAGGCUCUGGUAAGAAAAGUUCCCCUGUUCAACCUUUUAACAAGAACUGGGAGGCUGAUCUCAUCAAAGCGCAGUUCGAGGACACUUGGCUUGCCUCUGUGUCUCUCGUGGUUGGAGAUGGUCCAGAAGAAGAGGAAGAACUCACCAAGUCUCUGGUUUUGAGUUUUGAAUGUCCACAGCGCAAACUUUUCUCCCUCAUAUCGUGGGACAGCACAGUUGAAAAGAUCUAUAAGCUGGGGAAUCCCAAAGCAAAAAAGCCAGACAAUCUUCCCUUGUUUUAUGAGUGUACUGAGCCUGCUAAGACUUUGCUGGAUGCUGGAGAGGAAAUUCCCAUCGAUCUGGUGGCAAAAUUAGUGAAAUUCCAGCUGCUGGAGGUUAAAGUCUGUGAUCAGAAGAGACGGGAAGCUGAGCAGCUGAAAAUUGAAGAGCAAAAAGAAAAGACUCGACCACAGUCUGAGGGCAAGGGCAAACAAAAGGACAAAAAAGAGAAAAAGGGAAAGGGUCAGACCCCAGGAAAGGGCCAGGCCGCUGGGGCAGACCCUUCCAAGGACAAGAAAACCAAGCUCAAACGCAGGGGCGAUCCUGAGACGCCCGUAUAUAUAGAUGAUGAGCCAGAGGAUGGUCCCCAACACUAUAUUCUGAUAGUCGGCUUCUACCAGCCAAACCUGAUAGGAGUGCUUAAUACCAUCGGUGUUCAUGUUGCGAAUGUCAUCAAGUUAUGCUCCAAGCACAAAGAAGUCUCUCCAGAACCAGUAGAGCUGAACGUUCAGGAGGAAGCGGAGCAGAGUUCUCCAGUUGUGCCUGCAGAGGUUCCAGAAAGUACCAGAAAACUCAACCUGUUCUGGACUCACCUGAGGUCAGCUUUAGACAGAGGCCCACCAGACUCUAAGCUCUAUGAUGUGAUUCAGCUGAACUACAUCGUCCCAGAUCUCACACUCCCGUUCGAAAUACCAGACUCUCACUCUGUGCUGGAGCUGGGAAACCGGGUGUUUGACGAUGUUGCCAGGCUCAUCUAUGACUGUCUGCAGUGGCGCCGGCAGCAUCAGCACUACAGAAACAAUGUCCGGCUCAUCCCUAUACCCACAGCUGUACUAGAGGAUGCACAUUCUGUAGAGGCACAUGCUGAGCCUGUUGCUCAGCUGGUGCCUCGAUCUAGAAAGAAGCCAACCAAAGCAUCUUGCUCACCAAUUUCAGAAAGCAAGCUGCCUUUAACUGUAUCUGUGAACAUGGACAUGCGUUGCUAUAACAAUCUGUUGGACAGGGUUCCCCCUGAAGCCUGUUCUGUACCCCUGAUAUUACACUGUAUGCUGGAGCAGGUGGUGAUUUCCUCAGAGUUGCCUGUGCUUCCUGUGUUUCCCGCUCAUGAGGAAGAUGAGAAACCUGCCCCCGGUCCCUGGUUAGAUUGUGAUCUGGUUAAUUAUAUGCUCCAAAGCUUCCUGCCUCUGCUGAACACAGAAGAAGAGAAACAUCAUUUGUUAGAUGAGGUCCUCACUACUGUGGAAAAGGAAGAGGACAAGGAGAGACUGAUGGAGAGUUAUGGGACAGAGCAUGCUCAGAGGCCUGGUGACCCUGUGAUUCUCAGAUACCACGACGAGAGGGGAAUGCUACUACAGAACAUCACCGUGUCUAAGGGUUUUAAUCCAGCUGAGAUAGAAACAUCCAUUUUGAAGACUAGUCCAGUCUCGGAGCUCAUUCAGUCCGUCGCUGAACAGAGAAACGGUGACACCUGCUGGAGGGGAGUGAAACAACAGCUGCAGCACCACUGUACAGACGAGGGGAUGCCCUGGUCCGAGGUGGAGCGGCUGUUUGAUCAGAGCAUGUUUGAGGCUAUGCCACUGACCACGGUGGAUCAGAUGGGUGUUUUACUGAAUGAUGAUGAAACACAGCAGACACAAACAGUUAUCCCCUGGGCAAAUCCUUUGUUAUAUGCUAAACAGAAGCUUCAAACCCCGCAGACUAUAGAGCCAACAUUUCUCACUGAAGACCCUGGAAGCUCAGAGCAACCGAAAGCGGAAAUUUGCAGCUGGCUGGAUUUAUAUGAAAUCCAGAAUUGGAGACAAAGAUGUCUGAUCGACUGGUACUAUACAGAACAUCACAGUCCCACUGUUUUUCCACAGGUUCUGCAAAAGGCCUCAGAGGAAUAUUGUUGCAUGGAUAUCUUCAGAGAAACCUAUGCAAACAUCUUAUAUGUUUUUUGCCACAAUCCUAUGAAUUCUCACGGCCUGUACAAACAUUUCUGGGAUGAGGCCCUCCACACUGAUGUCAAGUUCAGAAAAUAUCUGGAGCAUGUUGCUGAUAAAAUCUACAACUGGACAAAGGAGGAAGAGGAAAAGAGGGAGGAAAUGCUGAUAAAAAGCCAGAUGCCUCCUGAGACUCCAACAGACCUUGAAUGCCCCGCAGUGGAGGAAGAAGCUCUGGAACCAGUCAUCAGAAAGGAGUCCCUCAAAGCCUGGAAACUGGAGCAGGAGCGACUGAAGAAAGAGGAGUUGGACAAAAAAUCAAAGAAGGAGAGUAAGGGGAAAGGACAGAAGAAGACAGAAGAUGACAAAUCGUCUGACAAGAAACGCAAAGCUCCGACUGGUGAGAAGAUGAGCAAACCAGAUAAAAGAGGCAGCUCAGCCAAGAUCCCCACCGGAUCUGCCAUUUCCAUAGCAUCUUCUGAUGCUGAAAAGGGAGGUCUUCAGACAGAGGAACUGGACAAUAGAUUCAUCGGCUACACCAUGGACGGACAGCUGAUCCACGUGUCGGGAUGUGUCCAGCAAAUCUACACCUCAGAUGGAGGACGCAUCACUGUGGAGAACGUGAGCUUUGUCGAAGGUUCCACCCUAAUGAAAGUAGCGUUGAGGAAGGACGGACACCAUUUCUACACACACGUCAACCAUGUUGUUACCAAACACCUGAAACCUGCCAGCGAGCCGCAGGACAAAAAGAACAUGGAGCCAAAGGAUGGAGUGAAAGUUUUAGAGCAAGAAGCAGUGAAGCUGUGCUCCUUCUCAGCAGUCCUUCAGAGUCAAAUCUACCUCUCAUACAGUUUCUAUGGCGCAACAGGACAAUACAAAGUUUUAGAGAGUCUUGAGGAGGAGGCGGCUAAGGAGGAAAUCCCAAAAGCCUCCCCAGAAGAACCCGUCACUUGGCCUUCUCCCAACUCUGGCUCCAUGACGCCACGGCAGUCCAUUAUGGAGUGUCCAGAGCAGCCAGCUGAGCCAUCGCCUCAGCCGCCACCUCCGCCACUGCCUCCGUUCAACAGCCUCAGCCUUUCUGUUCCCAACGGCCUGCUGCUGCAGUUUCAGCUUGACAACUCACAAGGAGAGUCGACUGAAUAUGGCGUUUUAAUCAGGCAGAGCUUUCCUUUCCACCGUAAAGCCGGCCUCGAUCUGCCGGACAAAUCCCUUUCUCAGGAACUGUAUCGCGUCAUUACCAACCAGGGAGUCGUGAUUCGUUACCUGAGAGACGGCGCCGCAGAGGUGCUGUUUGCAGAUGGAUCAGUCAGUUUCACCCCAGGUCCAGGUCCAGGUCCAGGUCCAGUGUUGGUGUCUGAUAAUGAGCAGACAGAGGAGACCUCAGAGAAGGAAGAUGAGCCUCAGAAACGAUCAUGGCAGACGACCACUUCAACUGGAGAGCGCAUUUGGACCACUGGACCAACAUACAGCGUCAUACCCACAACCUCUCUGUGCACCUUCUUGGCCACAGACCCCGUCACCCAGGAGGUGAUGCUGACCCGUGAAGAUCUGGUGGUUACCGUCAAGAGCCCAGAUGGAUCUAUUAUCGCUGAUCAUGCAGAUGGAACAAGGAUCACCACCCUCUUUCUGGUCACACCACCUAACGAGGAGGUGCCUAAUUGUGUGACCACACCAGAGGAGCAUGAAGAUGUUUGUGACAAAGAAGAAAAGAUGAGCGAAACCUUGGAAACCCACGAAUUGAACGAAACGGUUUCAAAUGAUAAGAGUGAAGAAGAAAAAGACUCGACCAGAGAGCGGGUGGUGAUUGUGGAGAAGGAGGGCUGCGCAUCAGUAGUGAUGUACCCGAGCCGCCACGCAGCUCACGUGUUUUUAGCCGAUGGAACCAUCAUCACCGGGAACAACCAAGCGGAGUAUGAGGUGUUCCCGUCUAGAGACGGGUUUCUGCACAUCCAAACUGAUGGGAAAUGUGUUUAUACCUCUGACCUCUCGAGGUCAGAGGUAAAUGCUUGCUCCCCCUCCAACCGACCAGGAGUUUACACCAUGAGUCACACAGACGAAGUGGUGUGUGAUGUUUCAGACAAGAACGGAAACCACUUCCAGGUGGUAGAAUAUGGACAGACUUUGAUGCUAAAUACAAGUCCCGCUCCAGAAACUCCUACACAAGAGGAAGAAGAGAUGACAGACAAAUCAAGUGCCACACUUGAUGUUAAACACAAAGAUUAUUGUCCGAGGAUUUUUCUGGUGUAUGAAGACGGUUCUGGCACUGAACUGCUGAACUCUCAUAUUGUAGAGGAGCAGCUCCAAGAGGCGUACUCUGACCCCACCAUCGCACUGCUCAAGGAGCCUCUACCAGACAGACAAGAUGCGUUUGGCAUCACUAUCCUGAAGCCAGCCCACCAGAGCGUCUGGUCCAAAUGGGUGCUAAAGAAACAAAACCCUGAUAUCACCCCUCCAAACCUCAGGAACCGCUCUGAUGAGUUCUAUACUGCAGAGGUCAGCCCUCCACUUGGUUCUGGUACCAGCGUGGCUCUGUCUCAGAGGGAGAGAUGCGCCAGUUCCUUAGCAAGGCAGCGUGUCUGGAGCUGCCCAAGAGUCCUGGAGAUCAGGGAACUUUCCCAGCACCGACCCUUCACCACGGUGUUCAGAGACGCUGUAGAUUCACGGCUAAAGGACUACAUUGAGAGGCUGAUGCAGAGAGAGUUGCUGGCAGAGCAGAUGAAACUGAAAGAGCUUCGCAGUGACGAGGAGACGGCUCAAGCCACAGAUCUCCUCAGUCUCAUUCUGUCUUUUGCAGAGUUGGACGAUGAGAGUCACGAUUGUGAUUCCAGGAGCUCAAGUUCAAAAGCUAAAUCAGCUGCAGUGGACUAUUCCAGUAUGUACAGUCAGGGAGUCAAAGCAUCAGUUGAGCAGUCAACUGCUUCAGAAGAAACUGAAAACUUGGGUGCUGGUGACCUCUUGGAUAAAUCACGGCUUUCUACUGCUAGAAAAGAGUCGAGAUGGCAUGAAAGACUUGAGCUGCACAGACAGGAGAUGAGUGAAGAAAAGGCUUGCAAAGAGGCUCUGAGGAAGAAGAGUUGUGUUCCUUAUUUCCAUCCAGAAAACUUUCAAAUUUACCAAAAUCUGUUACAGUGCCAAAGACCCAGCAUAAAACGUACAUCACAGGAUCUUCCACUGCCUACCAAGGUGGGCAGUGUUGAUAAAAGUACCAGUGUGGACAGAGUUGAGCUUGAUAUGAAAGAUGCAUCAACUCAGAGCACUUCACAACUUUAUAACCUACCAGUUCCUCCGCCAGAAAGUCGAGCAGAAGAAAGUGAGAGUAUGUCUGAAAGGAGACAAUCAGACCUCCCCAAACACUCUUCUGGUUUGUUCCCUACUGUUUCAUAUCCUAGUGAAAGCAGUCUGAAGAGCUCAUCCAGGCGCUUUAAGUCAGUCCUGGUGGAUGUGACGGGACAACCCAGAAGUGCGAAGGUCAGACUGCCCAGCUACCUGCGCGGCUCCAAACCCUGCAGCAUGCCAAACAAAUAUUUCCUGAAGGUGGAGGAACCUGUGAGGAGGCAUUGUCGGAUAGCUACCCUGUCUGAUCCCGGUGCUGAAUUGAGUGGCUUCCUGCUCAACCCACCACGCAUUGACUUUGGUACGCAGCAAGAGGGCACCUGCACCACCGUUACCGUGGGAAUGAAGAAUUUGGGAGUCGACCCAUCCAGGUUCACUGUGAAGCAGCCUCCUUCAUCCACAGGCCUCAGAGUCAUCUACCACCCUGGACCUGUGCCCUCAGGUCUGCAGGCGGAACUGCAGGUCCAGCUGUUUUCCAUGUGUGACGGAAACGAGCCGAAGAAGUACGUCUCCGAAGACAUAAUCAUCCUCACUGAAAGUGACGUUCUCUACCUUCCUGUCACUGCUGUCAUCCUUACUGAGAGAUGUUUUGUGGAGAAGUCCAUGUGUGGAUGCAGACAGGUGGGGGCUGAGUCCAUCUGCUCUCACAGCUGGCCAGGAAGUCACAUGGAUGAGCCUCCAGCCCCCUAAUCUAUUCUCAGGCCACACUUGCAGCACAUGGACUUCAGUGUGAUUUGUGGCUAAUUCCAGUCUGGGUUGAACUUUGAAAAUAUAGUCCUCAACAAAUGAUA